CAAUCCCGAGCGCUGCGGGGGCGUGAGGCUCCACCCCCGUUGCCACGGCGGCGCGCGGACUCGGCGGAGGGUGCAGCGCGCGGCGGCUGGCAGCCAUGAGCGGGGUGCUGGACGUGCUGUGGGAGGACAGAGAUGUCCGCUUCGACAUCUCCCCGCAACAAAUGAAAAUGAGACCUGGAGAGGUCCUUAUAGACUGCUUAGAGUCUGUUGAAGAUACCAAAGGAAACAAUGGAGACAGAGGUAGACUGCUUGUGACAAAUUUGCGGAUUAUUUGGCGCUCAUUGUCGCUGCCCAGAGUCAAUCUCUCUGUUGGUUACAACUGCGUUAUAAAUAUAACUACAAGAACUGCCAACUCGAAAUUACGAGGGCAGACAGAAGCUCUCUAUAUAUUGACUAAAUGUAACAAUACACGGUUUGAGUUCAUAUUUACCAAUGUUGUCCCCGGGAGUCCCAGACUCUUCACUUCAGUUAUUGCUGUACACAGAGCUUAUGAAACUUCUAAAAUGUAUCGUGAUCUAAAGCUGAGAAGUGCAUUGAUUCAAAACAAGCAACUGAGAUUAUUACCACAAGAACAAAUAUAUGAUAAAAUCAAUGGAGUUUGGAAUUUAUCAAGUGACCAGGGAAAUUUAGGAACAUUUUUUGUUACUAAUGUGAGGAUAGUUUGGCAUGCAAAUAUGAAUGACAGCUUUAAUGUCAGCAUACCAUAUCUACAAAUCCGUUCAAUAAAAAUAAGGGACUCAAAGUUUGGCUUGGCACUUGUGAUAGAGAGUUCUCAGCAGAGUGGAGGAUAUGUACUUGGUUUUAAAAUAGAUCCCGUGGAGAAACUACAGGAGGCAGUGAAAGAAAUUAAUUCACUUCACAAAGUUUAUUCAGCUAACCCUAUAUUUGGAGUGGAUUAUGAAAUGGAAGAAAAGCCUCAGCCUCUUGAAGACCUUACAGUGGAGCAGGUUCAAGAUGAUAUGGAAAUAGAAUCUGAUGAACAUACAGAUGCAUUUGUGGCUUACUUUGCUGAUGAAAACAAGCAACACGAUGGGGAGCCUGUUUUUUCAGAAGAACUAGGACUUGCAAUAGAGAAGCUCAAGGACGGAUUCACACUCCAGGGACUCUGGGAAGUACUGACCUGAUUUAGGUUGGCAUGCCAUUGGUUCCUGAGCAGGGAAAGCUGCUCAUUUCUUACUGGGCUGGUGAGAUCUGUAGAAGAUAAUUUAGAAAUACCAGAGCAGCAGAGAAAGAACAUGCCAAAGCUAAAGAGCAGGCAAAUAUGAUAUAAUAUGCCCUCAGGAUAUGUCAUAAAGGAAAGAUUAUUCAAACCCCUUAUAUCUGUAAAAGCUUUUUCUUUAUGACAUUGUUUCUGUAAGCAGUGGGAAGACAACCUAUAUCUCAUAUCUGAAGGGGUGGGGCCCACCCCCUGCAACUCCAGAAGUCCCACCCUUCCUCUGGUCACGUGGUACAAAGACCAGUGAGGUCCCUCUUCUGGUCCUGUCAGGUUAUAAGGACCUGGCAGUCCCUCCACACUACAAGCAUGGUAGCUGCCAUUUUAUUUCAGCCACCCUUAUGCAAAAUGGUGUACCCCACAUGUUUUCAUCCUGCUUUGUGAUUUGCUGGCCCCAGGUUUUGACACAUUCAUACCCUGGGGGUUCUUAGACAUACGAUUAGCAGGACCAGCCACCCCUGCUUCCCCCAGGAGCCCAUCAGGGCAGGAGGACCCCCCCAACAACACAGGCUCUGCCAUGUAGGGCAGUGUGUGGUAUAUACUUUGAUGCUCAAGUUGAAGUAUUCAUCUGUUUAUACAGAGCGAUGUACUUUCCCAUGGUGAUUAUAUUUAAAGCAAAUUUCCAUAACUUGUUUAAUGUUGUGCAAAAUAGAAAUAUAAUAAUAUGCAGAACACUUUGUAUCUAGGCAUACCGGCUGUGUCAUUGCAGUAGUGCUGUGUUACUAGUAACUUUGACAAAAUGCAAUACUGUACCAAAUAUUCAUUUUUUAUGUCUUAUAAUUUCGUUAAAUGUUUAGCACAUAUCAUUCCACCAGGUACUUAACUGUAAUCCUCAUACAGGUGGUUUUUUUCUUUCCUUUUUUUUUUUUUUGGCUAGAGCACUGUUUGUAAGGAACGAUCUAGAAUAAAUCGGACACACAAGUAGCUUGUGUCUGAGUCAUUAGACCUUUAUGAUGUUAUGUGUUAGAGAGAAAUGAGUCAUUUAUUGAUUAAAGGAAGAUGCAGCUGUUACGUUUUCUAGUGAGAUAAGGCCUCUGUGCUCUUUUCUAUAAGUGGAAAAAGUCAAAUGAGCUUUCCUCUCAGCUGUUGUUUUAGCAGCUGACUGUUAAAGUAACCGUGGUGUGAAUAUCAUUGUGGUAUUUGUAGAAAAUCCAAGGUAUAUAUUUUAAUGCAAUACUAUCUAUAUUGAAAAGCAAUCGUGAUUUCAAUAAACUUUGGUAAUGUUAUACCUCAUUGUA